UCACAAUAUUUACAUGCAUUUAUUGAAAAUCAUCCAACUUGUAUUGUGAAAGAUGCUACAGAAUCCCUUUGUGAGACUUUUCAAGGCUUAACAAUGAACGAGUCCACUGUAUUUCGUCACAUGACUGAAAAGCUUAAGUUUACUUUGACUUGUACACAAGCAAGGUUUGUAAACAAAAAUUCAGAUGAUACGCUUAAACAACGUAGACAACCUAUUGAAGAUAAAACUUUUAUAAAAAAAAAAAGAUGCAUUAUCGUGGAUGAAAGUGGGUCCAAGAAAAACAUGGUACGUCCUGUGACGUGGUCUAAGAAAGGUGGGCCUGCAGAAGUGGAUGUAGAAGCAGAAGGAACUAAUCUGAGUAUCCUGGGUUGUAUGUCAGCCUAUGAGUUGAUUGCUCUUUCGCAACAAGUUCCAAAAUUAAGCAGAAAGAAACAAAAAACUCCUCUUGGUACAAAAAGAGGG